UUAUACGGGAAGAGAGCAGUGUGGGAGGACCCCUCUAAGUGGGUGAACGACACGUACCCGUGGAGCGGCGCCUCGCAGCAGCCGGACGCUCAGACUCUGCUGCAGCUGAGGCCGGAGGACGUGGGCUACGACAGCUACAGCUCCUCCAAGGAGGGAGCCUCCUCCAAACAGGUGUCCCAGAGCGACACCGAUGGAGACCCCCUGAUGAACAUGUUGCUACGGUUACAGGAAGCGGCCAAUUACUCGAGCACGCAGAGCUACGACAGCGAUAGCACCAGUCACCAUGACGACCAGCUGGACUCCUCGCUGGAGUCGGCGCUAUGAGACCCCCCCAGAUAUAUACCAUAAUAUAAUAUAAUAUAUAUAUGAAAAGUUUUAUCAUCCAAAAUGGUACAGCGGGCCACCAUUCACAUUACAAACGGUGCAAUACUGAGUCUAAAUAUUGCCAAUCUGGUGGGAAAAGUGUCAAACAAUCCUUUUAUUUUAAACACAGAUCAUGUUUUAUUGGAUGUAUGACAUUUUAGAAUACAACUUUUCAUAUAUGUGCCGGCAGGAAGGAGUCAGCUGUGAUGAGACACAGAAAAAAAAAAGACCAAGCCAAGAAUUUAAAACUGGAUUAUUCUUUUUUUUCAAAUCCCAGAUAUGUAUCUUCAGAUGUUUACAACGGGAGGGUGGGGUGUUCUGUUGUUUAUGUCUCUCCUUGUUUACAGAGGUGCUUCACACACACACACACACACACACACACACACACACACACACACACACACACACACACACACACACACACACACACACACACACACAGACUUAUACACUCAUGCACUUACACACGGGCAGCAGGAGGACACUGACUUUUAAUCACUGGCUGUAAACAGUUCAACCAAAACAUCCAGACGACGCCUUUUCUAACAAAGACUAAUAUUUACACCCUUGUCUCUGAGCCCACCUGUACAUUAGAAUACAUUAACCCUCCUCUCGUGGUCAUUUCUCCCCCAGUGAACAUUUUUAUUUUCAACCAGAGGUGGAAGAAGUAUUCAGAUGCUUCACUUGAGUAAAAGUACCAACACAUUAUUGUCAAAAUACUUACAAAAUCUUACUUAAAAAAAUAUUAUCUAAAAAAGUUUCUUACAGAAUAACAUUCAAAGUAGGCUAAUCAUUGUGCAGAAAAAUUGCCUUUAUGUGUGUAUAUGAUUAUUUUUAUAUAUGUUUCAUCUCUAGAUAAUCGAGUAGCAUGUUACUGUUAUAGACAAACAAAGUUCGGAUUGACUUUUGGAAAGAUAUUUAAAUAAUGUGAGCCUUUUUCUAACAAAAUACAUCUCUAAAAACGUAACUAGUGAACUAAGUUAGUCCACUUUUAAAUGUAGUGGAGUAUGAAGUAGCAUCAAAUGGAAAUACUCAAAAUGGUACUUCGUUACUUCCCACCUCUGGUUUGAACUGCUCUUACAUUAACACAAAAACAUUCAUCAUCACCACAUUAUAUUUAAUUCCCUUUAAGCUGUAAAAUGUCUCAGACUUCUGGUUCACAUCAGUCACUGCGGGAAAUAUACAAAGAGAGGAGGCACCAAAAAAGGUAUUCCUAAAUGAACUUAUUUGCCUAUUUGUGGGUUUGUAUUAUCUGAUAGGGUUACCCAUUCAUUUCCUAUGGCGACAUUUUUUACUAGGAACACCAUUCAUCAAUGAAAGUAGGGAUAAAUGCCUACUGUGGAGGAUAUCAUAAGGCCUUGAAGCAAUCAAAUGUAAAACACAAUAUUUAUGAUUGAAGAAAAUAGUAAAUUGGUCAGAUUUUACCCGAACACGACAGGAGGGUUAAAGUGAAUCCGGGUGAUGUACCGCCCUCUGGUGGCCACAAUGGAGGCUAGUAUGAGACAUUUGAAAAGCCUCUGCAGACAAACUAGCUCCACAAUAAUUACAUUUUUAAACACACACACACUCACACACACACACCCCUUCUGAUCUGAGGUCAGUUGAGCUUCAUGGUGCUCAGUACUCUGCUCCUCAAGCACAACAAAAGUGCUUAAUUGUCCGUGUGUCAUUCAGUCACAUUUCUACUGUGAAGAACAAAAUGGAAAAAAGUGCCAAUGUUUUUGAUUUUACUGCCAAAUGUGCACACACAAACACAGAGACUUAACAUCACGGGGUUGUAAACUUAGCUUAAGUUGUUCUUGGCCUUGCACGCUCUGCAGUCCGUCGUCAAUGUAGCUUAGCAUCUCACAGAACCGUCUUCAUUGACUGCUUGCUAAUCCCCUCUUUUCAACAGAGUUUCAACAAUCAUUUACAAACUUUCUCGAGUUCAAGACAUACUCAGUAUUUAAGCAGUUUGGAGGGUUAGUUAGUGGCAAAGGAUAUAUGAUUGUCUUACUAGCCUGACUUGCUCUUUGUUGAACUUGGAGAAAGCAACUCCAGCAGAUAUUGCUCUGAGAUAGCGUUAGCAUAGCAUUCGAAAAAACCUUUAAUUAACUACACGGGGCAAUUAUUUCAUAUAUACUUUAUUUCUUUAUCUGGUUAACAAUAUAUGUCACAAUACAGCAUGGUAUCUAUGAGAAAUGUUAUCUUAAGAAGAUCAAAUGUAUUGAUUUAACACCCAGCCCUACUGAAUAUAUAAUGAGAAAAAGGUAUGCAAGCUAAUCAGCAAAACAGAUGUAUGAUAGAAAUUAAAUAGAGGUUUGAUUUGACUCUGCUUUACACUGCAGAACUAUCUGAUGUUUAUGUCGAUAUCUAACUGAAGCUGGCAAGAAUGCUAACCGUUAGCUAGGCACAUGCUGCUUCAGCGUCAGUCCUCUUUUCGGAUAUCGAUACCACGAGUCAUUAAAAAGUCUGACGUUAGCUUAAUUAGCUAGCCACAUCUGUUAUUGUUAGCUGCAUUGGUGCGAGAACCCAACGCCUGACAGACCGGAGAGAAACUGGGCUUAGCAAACAGUCAUCGCUGAUUCAUUUUUGACUUUAGUGUUAGCUGCAUGAAAAUCACACGGGUGGGUUUACUGCAAGAAAAGCAGAACAAUGAUAUGUCAACGCCUCGGCUUCAACAGAUAUGAGUCAACGCUGAUCAGUAAAAGUGAAUUAAUGCAAGCUUACUGUCCAGCUUGCUAAGCGUCUGCACCUAUGUGGAAUCCUUGAGGUACCAAAAAAAGAGUCCAAAGUGUUUUGACAAAUGCAAGAUGAGGGAACAACGAUACUGGUGCUUUCUCACUGCCUUAAAUGUGCAAAAGAGCGGGAGGAAUCCUCGACUCCCAUUGGCUAAAGUGAGAAAAAGACUGUCAGACGAAGCUGUCAGAGAAACAGCUUUUUUUAGUUUAAUUUCUCGCUCCCUCUUCCUCCAAACCGCCCUUUUUAUUUGUGUUUCUGACAGUUAAAGUAUAAAAGAGUUGAAGCUGUCUAUGACUUUAAAAACUGACCAAUAUUGUAAAAACAUUUAAAAAGGGGUGGGGUAUUUUUUAAGUUGUCGUUUUCCGGCACAGUUGAGCUGGGCUCACUUGAACUGACAGGAGCACAACCAAACUGUUUUGGGUUUUCUAGCCUGACGAGCAUGUUUUAAAAGCUUUUUAACGAAGAGACCUUUUUUUUCCGUUGUGUAUGCGUGUAUUGGACGGAAGCCAUUUUGAAUUUUGAUUGUCCUCUCUUUGUUUUUAUCGAGUGGGUUGGUUUUGCACACUUUGAGGUUUGGGGUGGGUUGUAAAUACUUAAGUCUUGCACAGUGAAUCAAAGAUACCCUGUUGGUGUUACAGUAUGCUUAAGCCGCUGAGUAAAUUAUUGUACCUUUUGAAAACAGAGAGUAAAAAAAAAAAAUGCAAAAACUCAACACGCUGUCAGAAAACAGGUGUGUGUCUUGUGGAUGUUUUGCCUAUGCAAGAGGCAUACGGUGUACAGUAAGAAAACGUUUUUAAAUUCACUAAAAUCACCUAAAAUAGGAACUUUCUCAGUAUUCCCCCCCUCCAAGUCUAGUUGCCAACUCCUGUUGUGAACCUGGAAAUGUUGAGUACCCCAAAAUAUAUGAUAUCAUUUAUAGUCCGGGUCCCUAGCUUAUAGAAACGGCCAGAUGCUAACUUGCAUAUGUUGGGCAAUUUGCACUAUUAGCAUAAGUGGCGUUAAUAAGCAUAUGCAGACAAUAGUUAAGAAAUGGCUUGGCCAAUUUCAGAGAGGUUUUGGGGGUUAUUGAAGAUGCUGAAUCCAUUUCUGAUGUUUUCAGGAUCCUAAAUGGCAGAUUUAACCAGAAAGUGGCCAUAUUUUAAACCCAUUGGGCUGAUUUUGAUGAAUUUUGUGUCUAUUUUAAAGCUUUAGACUAGAGGGCUCAAAACUGCUGCUUAUUAUCCUAAAAAUGUCAGAAAUUGAUUCAACAUCCUCAGAACCCCUAGCAAUUGUUACGCUAUUGUCAACAUAUGCUUAUUAAUGUUAAUGUGACUUAUGCUAACUGUACAAACAUCUGCAAGUUAGCAUCCGGCAGUUUCUAUAUGCUAGGGACCCAUACUAUACAUUUCUAACAUAAAACUUUGGGGUACUUUCCAGGUUCUCACUGAUGGCAACUAGACUAUCCUGCAAUAAUAAUAUCUGGAUCCUCUCCGUCUUUAGGGAAUGCCUAAGAUGUUAUUUCCUCAGAUGCACUUCC